AUGGCGGAGUCGGAGUCGGAGGUGCACGUCUUGGUGCAGAGAGUUGUCAAAGACAUCACCAAUGCCUUCAAGAGAAAUCCCAACAUUGAUGAGAUUGGUGUGAUCCCAUGUCCAGAGGCCCGCUACAACCGCAGUCCCAUUGUGUUGGUGGAGAACAAGCUGGGUGUUGAGAGCUGGUGUAUUAAGUUUUUGCUGCCCUAUGUCCACAACAAGCUGCUGCUCUACCGCCAGCGCAAACACUGGCUGGACAGGGGAGCUUUAGUGGAUAUCACCUGCACAUUGUUGCUGCUUAACCCGGAUUUCACCACUGCAUGGAAUGUCAGAAAGGAGCUGCUGCAGUGCGGAGUUCUUUACCCAGAAAAGGACCUCUAUCUGGGCAAGCUUGCCCUCACCAAAUUCCCCAAGAGCCCAGAGACAUGGAUACACCGACGCUGGGUGCUGCAGCAGAUCCUCCAUCAGUUCUCUGCUGUGGGCCACAGCAGGAAGCAGCCGCAGGGUGAAGCAGCACAGGCUGAUAGUGAGAGGAGCCAGCAAGUUAGUGACCAUCUGUCCAGGACUCUCCAGCAAGAGAUAAAAGUGUGCUCUGAUGCUGCCUGCCACUAUUCCAGCAACUACAAUGCCUGGUCCCACCGCAUCUGGGUCCUACAGCACAUGGCCAAGGGGAAUUUCAAGGUUUUCCUUGAUGAGCUGACCUCUAUGCGUCUUUGGGUGUCCAUGCAUGUGUCUGACCACAGUGGGUUCCACUACCGCCAGUUCCUGCUCAAGGAGCUGAUAACUGAGCUCUACCAGACACCACCUUCCACCACCACUACCUGUUCACCGCAGCACCAGUCCACCACAGUCCCAAGCAUCAGUCUCCACCAUCAAAACCAUAACCAAGCUAACAGGGAGCUGUCGGAAGCUGCGGCAGUAGGUGAGGGCGAGAGGCAGCUCAGCUUCACCACAAUCUGUCAGCUCUUCCACCAGGAAAUGGAGCUGUGCUCAGACCUGAUACAGGCCUUCCCUGGACACGAGACACUCUGGAGUCACAGGCGGCAUGUCUUUUACUUGUGGCAUCAGUGGAGGAGGGAGCACCAGAAUCACUGCAGCAGCAAUGGAGGCAACGACUUGGUUCAUCUUAUGUACCAGGACCCAGACCUGCUACAGGACAGCACUCAAAGCUGUACAGGCCGGGGUGAGAUUGUGAACGGACAGAAACAGGCCAGUGAGCUUAUGGAGGUUGACAGAGUGUCGUUCCCUGACCAGCGUGACAAUAAGCGACUGAAGAAGGGUGUCCCGCUGCCUGACCCCCCCACCCUAUCUUCCGAGCACAGUUUUGUAGGUGAUACCAUUGACAGGUGCUCUAACCCUGAGCAGAGACACUUUGCCCUGGCAUACAAGAAGUGGUUAGACACUGUAAUUGGUCAGCAGCCUUGAGAGAGAAAAAGAGAACAGUUAACCCAAUCGUUUCAUAAUAAUGACGUUGCCUUUAGACAAAGAGUUAGGAUCAGCUUACCCAGUGUAGUUUUAACAGUAACUAAUGAUAUUUCAGUUGCAGUGAUGACUAAAGAAAGCAGUCACUAGGCUGUGUAGUAACUGUCAAAUCCUGCUUACAGUGAGUGGAGAAGAUUGGGGUGGAAUGUCUUAGCCUAAUGUCUGAGCCAUUAGUUCUUCAGAAUGGAAAUUUGCACACAUAAUCCUAUUGGUUCACCAUGUGUCUGUUAGUAGAUUCUGAUGUUAUUUUAGGUUUCUUAAUCCCUUAGACAAAAUUCCAUUGUUCAUUUAUUGUGGUCUUGGCAUUUAUCCACAUGGUACUUCAUUUCUGUUAAAAGAUUUCUGCCAAGACCCUCUAAUAAGCUGUCACAGGAGGAGGAACAAUGUCUUUGCGGAGGUGAGAGCUUUGCAGAAUUUACACUUAAUCUUAAUCAUUAUAAAUUAUCUUUGUUAGACCCAAUUGUAAGGAAUGCCAAAUUAGCCAAUAAUAUUGAUGAGAAUACAGAAAUAAUAGAUAUUAUAUAUUUGACCCAAUAAAUUGUGCCAUAAUUUAAUAAUUUUAAACUCAAUUAAUUAUUUUGAAUGGCAUCUGUUUUAUGGAAUUCAUUCUGAUCCCUUAAAAGACUUUUCAAAAGCAUGUGAUAAGCUGAAAGCUGAGUUGGUAGCGAGCAGUGGUAACUGUCACAUAAAGUGUGAAAAAUGGCAUCCUUGAAGGAUCCUUAAAUUAAAUUUUGAAUGUAGAGUUUUAAUAAUGUACAAUGGAUUGAGCCUGGUUCUUAAAUGUAAGUUCACCGGGGGGAAAAAAUUCACUCAUUAUCUACUCACCACUAUGUUGAUGGGGGGUGGGUGACAUUUUUAGUCCACAAAACACCUUUUUUCAGAGAUAAACUUUAUUGCAGCAGAAUCCAAUACAAUUGAAGUCAAUGGUGACUUACACGUGACUCGUAAUAAAAUAAUUACACUCAGAACAAAGUCAUUUACACCAUGUUUUAAGCCUAAAUGUCUGCUAAUAUCUUCCUUCGAGGUGCAUUAACGUACCCUCGGACACACCAUCGUGCGGCUAUGGAUGCUAACUUAGCCACUUUCUGUGGACUUAUAGGCUUAAAACACAGUGUAAAUGACACAGUUUCUAGUUGAAUAUGAAUGCCGGGGCUUGCAGACACUUGGAUGACACCAAACGAGCAGUAUGGAGGCACGUUAUGUUUUUUCUAUUUUAUUACGUCUGAAUAAGGACUCAGCAUUGACUUCAUUUGUAUUGGAUUUGGUUGCAGCAAAGAUUACCCCUAAAACUCCAGUGUUUUGUGGACUCAAACACUUCACCCACCUCUCCAUCGCCAGAGAUGUGAGUAGAUGAGUGAAUUCAAAUUUUUCUGGGAACUAUCCCUUUCUGAAUUGUUUUCCGAAUGAAACUGGAAGAAUCCUCGUUCACUUUUCACUUCUUAAGAUAAAUGUGUGGAAAUUCAUUCAGCCCUUACUUGUUGCAAUGGAAGGUUUUUACUGUCAGAUUCUGCAGAUUUUCAUUCUAAGAGAAGGGACAUUUAUUACCCAUAUUAUAACCUUGAUUUUUUUUUUCUUGAGUUGAUCCUUGUUUGCUGCUCCUUGUUUCAUUUCAGUCCUCUAAUUUUGUCCCCAAUUCCUGUCGCAAUCGGCUAAGUUACAAUAGUUUGCAGUGGAAAGCCAAACAGCCAGUCAAGAGCAUAAAGGUGGUUUUUAAUGUGAAAAGUUAGUCUGCCAACUUGAAGUACUAAAAUUACAAGUAGAGAAAUGUUAACAUCACCUGUUUAGAUGGACUGAUGUUUCCCUUUUAAGGAUAGAGUGCAAUGGCUGGUGGAUGUCAUGUUACUUCAACUUCUUAAUCCGUUGCAGGUGUGUAUGGUGCAACAGAUGACUAUUUAUUAAUAAUAAUUGGUCAUUGUUUUGUGGGCUAGUAUUGGUAAGCAAUAUCACAUCUAUUUUUAUUAUCUUAUCUGGUUACAUUACACCAGGUUAGUUAAGAGUAAGCCAAGCUUCUUUAGACCAAUCAGCCACAACAUUUUAACCAAUAUUAUAAUCACACACCAAUAUAUAAUUAUGUCAUGAUCCUCUCUAGUUUCUCAAGUUUUUGGAGACUUUCUCUCACUGGCCCCCAAGUAUUAACACUGUAGAAAGUCUGGAGAAGCGGGGCAGCUUAAAGCUCACCUGCUAGAGCUGCUACCCCAUUGAGGCUAGGCCUCACCCGUAGCGGCCUGGGUUCGAGUCAGACCCACGGCCUUGUGCUGCAUGUCUUCCCCCAUUCUCUGUCUGCCCCCCUUCUCAGCUUACUCUCUCUGUCGUCUCCAAAGAAAAAAUUAAAGAAAAAAAAGUCUGUAGAAGGCCAUGUGAGAUCACUGCGGACCCAAUUCUCCAGAGUUCCUUCAAAAUGGCUGUAGUGUAAUCUAUACUGGUAAUGGAUGAAAGGUAUUCUUAAAUCCGAAUUAACAAGUCUGAAUUAACCUGUAUUCCAGAUAUUUGCCUUGAAAAUACAAUUGGCAGCAGCUUUAAUUGAUCCAUCUUUUCAUUUUGUUAUGGCUUGCUGUUAUUACUUAGGUUUAGCCAAUUAAAUCACCACCUGUGAAGAAGGAACUGUAACCAUGGUCAUAUUAGCAUAUAUCUCAAAUAGUUUUGUUCAUUAAGAAAUGGUGCACAUCAUCAACAUGUUGCGGUAUUUUAACAUCAUUGCAAACCGAGAAAACAAACUUUGAAUACUAGUCUAUCUAUGCAGAAAUGUUUUUAAUGGUUAUACAAGCUUUUAAAAUGAACAUAAAUGUAGCUACUCUUUUUAUUCUCUGUUAAACUUCAGCGGAUGGUGUUAUGGUAUAAGGUUAUUAAUAAAUAAACUAUGGAAACAGAACAGCCAUGCAGUCAUUAUAUACAUUUUCCAUCAUCUCAAGUUAAUGAGCGUUUCUAUCUUGAGAUAAAAUAAGAAACCCUGGGUUUAAAUUGACCCAGACUAAUGAUGGCACCUCUUUGAUUAGAUCAGGGUUCUCUGUCAAUAUCGGAAUCUAUAAAUAUAUUUUGUGUCACAUUUAAUGUUAUCUGUUUUCCUACUUUUUGAUUUCCUGACAGAGUUUCUUGUAAAUUGCUUGUCUGCCUGUUUUGGAUGCAUUUUAAGUCUGAUGUUAGUCACUUGUUUCCUUUCUGUUUCUGGAUUGCUAGAACAUGAGUUAUAUUUACAUCCAUUAAAUACUAUAAAAAAAACGAAGAAACUAAACCCUCUAAAGUUGUCUGUCUAUGCUUAGAACUAUUACAGUACAAAAGGUGUCACGCUGUGGCAUGAGUGAUUGACAUUUAUCUUUAAAUUAACAAGAUUUAAAAUGCAUCCAAAGUUUAUGGUUACUAAAUGUCCUAAAUUCCACUUAACACAAAACUCAUUAAUAUAACUCCUCAUCAUGGAAGAAAGACCCUGUUAUCCCAAGAUAAGGAAAUAUUCAUCUGUGAUGUCAAGAUAAUACUUUUUAAAAACAUUGCAAGUACAGAGAUUUUUGGCUUCAAUAAGAAUUCCCAGCAGCUCAUUGAUUAAAUAUGUAUGCAUAGGGUUAGAUGUAUCCGGUCUCACUUUGUGUUUUGUUAUCUGCUUACCAGAAAUAUAAAACUCAUCUGUAAUAAAGAAUAUUUUUCAUCUACUGUUUUUUCAACA